UGUUCAUCUGAUGACUUCGUCCUUCGCAGCACUCUAACACGUGAGCUGGGUUCCGCGAUUUUGCCCGACAUUUCCAUCUCCAUCCCCAGUUACAAUUUUACCCAGCAUUACCCUACCAUGGCACCCAUGGUGCUGCGCAUCGCGUCGCUCGCCGCCAUGGGCAAGUUCAUAACCAUCGACGCCAGCGCAAGACCUCUGAGGUCAGGUGCUCACGGCGCUGACACAGUUGCAGACCUGUCGGCGGUGCAGGUAUUUCCACCGGGGGCCAAAGCGGAUAAGAAAGCAGGUGCCAGGAAAGAGGAUCACACGGAGAUAUUGACAAGAGCAUUUGCGAGAGAUAGGACGGACGUGGGAACCAGAUCAAGUGCGGAAGUUAAGGCCAAGGUGGAGAAGGAGUUCGAGGCGAAUUCCGCAAGCAAGGUUACAGGUAAAGCGAAGGCGGAGGCGGAGGCCAAGGCGAGGAAUGCCGAUAUGCUCGAGAGGGCGAUGGCAGAGGCAAAAGCCAGGAGGGAAGCGAAGCAGGCGAGGGCGAAGGCUUCUGGGUCCAAGGCGAUGGCGGAAGAAGAUGGCAAGGCGCAGGCGAAGGAGAAGCAAUUCGAGAAACAGUUGACGGAGGUGCUGGACAGUCUCAAGGCGGACAGGCAGAUGGAGCAGGCGAUGGAGGACCUCAGCAGGGCGGGCACCGAGGCCAAGGAGGGGGCGAAAGCGGGCGGCCGGGCGAAGGAUGCAAAGAUGUUAGAGGGGGCGAUGGCAGAGGCAAGGGCUAUGGAGGGGGAAGCGACGCGGGCCAGGGGCAGGGGCAGCGAGGAAGCGGAGGCCAGAACGAAGGCGGGGGCGGAGGCCAGAGCGAAGGCACUGACAGAGGCCAAGGCGACGGCAGAGGCCAAGGCCAAGGGAAAAGAGAAGAGCCGGGCGGAAGCGGAGGCCACGGCCCGGGCGAAGGCGGAGGCAGAGGCCAAGGCAAGGCAGGAAGCAGAGGUCAAGACGAGGGCGGCCAGAGCGAAGGCGGAAGCAGAGGCGAAGGCCAAAGCCGAGGCGAGCAAGCAGCCGGACACCCACAGCCAAGGGGGCCCCAGCUCCGGGCAGCGGGAGUCCAUGGCGUACGGGGACCCGCACAUGCAGAACAUCCUCGGGCAGCGCUUCGACCUCAUGCAGCCCGGCUCGCACACGCUGGUGCUGAUCCCCCGGCUGGCUCCGGAGCGCGAGAGCGAGCUGCUCCGCGUCCAGGCGGGUGUGCAGCGCAUCGGCCGGGCGUGCGCGGACAUGUACAUCACGACGCUGAACGUCACUGGCAGGUGGGCGGAGGCGCGGCGGCGGCCGCACGGCCUACAUUUCAAUGCGGCCGAGCCCGCCGACCGGAGGGGCACCAACUGGAUGCACUUCGGGAGCUCGCUCGGCCACCUGGACCUGAAGGUCGUCUACGGCCAGACGCCCACGGGCACCAGGUACCUGAACUUCUUCGUGAGGCGCCUCGGCCAGGUGGGCUGCCGCGUCGGGGGCCUGCUGGGAGAGGACGACCACACCGCAGCGACGAUGCCGGACAGCCAGUGCAAGAACAUCCUGGUGCUCUUGGAGGGAAUUCCCGCAGACCGUGGCGAGCCAGCCCGAUCGGCGGCAGGGGCGAGCCUGCUGUAGUUGCAUCGCCCUCUGCCCCGCGCGCGCGAGCUGUGAUCACCAGGACAUGGAGAGAUACUGGUCAUCAACAUCAUUUUCAUGCUCACCAUCACAGGCACAGCCAUGCCC